AUGAAGUCUCUCAUUCUCGGAAGCGCCCUGGCUGGCGUUGCCCUCGCACAGGGCUCAGCUUAUGCUCAAUGCGGUGGCUCAGGAUUUACUGGCGCCACGACUUGUGUAUCGGGAUACACUUGCACCUACCAGAAUGACUACUAUUCUCAAUGCGUCCCUGGAACAGCAGCGGCUUCAACGACUGUCGCUACCAGCGUCAAGUCGACGAGCAAGACCGCUGCGGCCUCCGCCACCGCCACCUCUUCUGCCGGCAAGCUCAAGUGGUUCGGAAUUAACCAGUCGGUUGCAGAGUUCGGGUCGAGCAGCUACCCUGGUGUUUGGGGCAAGGACUUCUACUUCCCUUCGACCUCAACUAUUGGUACGUUGAUCGGCGAGGGUUUCAACACCUUCCGUAUCGCUUUUGCCAUGGAGCGUCUCGUGCCCAACCAGCUCACCGGCGCCACGGACGCCGCGUACCUGGCCAACCUGACCGCCGUCGUGGACUACGUCACCGACAACGGCGCCUACGCGAUCCUGGACCCGCACAACUUCGGCCGCUACUACAGCAGCAUCAUCACGGACACGGCGGGCUUCAAGACGUGGUGGACCACGGUGGCCACGGCCUUCAAGGACAACGCCAAGGUCAUCUUCGACACCAACAACGAGUACCACGACAUGGACCAGACGCUGGUGCUGAACCUGAACCAGGCGGCCAUCGACGGCAUCCGGGCCGCCGGCGCCACGAGCCAGUACAUCUUCGCCGAGGGCAACUCGUACUCGGGCGCGUGGACGUGGAACACGACCAACGGCAACCUGGCGGCGCUGACCGACUCCGCGGACAAGCUCAUCUACGAGAUGCACCAGUACCUGGACUCGGACGGCUCGGGGACCUCGGACGUGUGCGUGUCGACGGAGAUCGGCGUGCAGCGCGUCGUGGGCGCCACCGAGUGGCUGCGCGAGAACGGCAAGCUCGGCGUCAUCGGCGAGUUCGCCGGCGGCGCCAACACCCAGUGCCAGACCGCCAUCACCGGGCUCCUCGCGCACCUCGAGGCCAACAGCGACGUCUGGCAGGGCGCCCUCUGGUGGGCCGGCGGCCCCUGGUGGGGCGACUACAUCUACAGCUUCGAGCCCCCGAGCGGCACCGCCUACGUCUACUACGACUCGCUCCUGAAGACAUACACCCCCUAGGCGCAGAGGGGCUGUGUCAGAUGUAAGGGAAGGUUGUGGUUCUGGGAGGCUUUAUUUUCUUGUAUAUACUAUAUUGCAUCUGUGCUGGCAAAAGAAAACGCCGGUUUCCAUUUAGUCUGUACAUAGAUCGAAUCGGAAUUCUCCUUUCGGUAUUGG